CCGUUUUUGCUUCAAAUUCUUCUUCUUUCUUUACUUCCUGUAAUCAUCAAUCAUGAUGAAAGGUAAAAAGUUCAACAACACUAAGAAGAAUCAAAAUGGCCAUAAAAGCAAGAGGUUUAAAUCGGACAAACCCGACCCGUUCUUUGACGGCGAUUCCAAGCGCCGGAGGAAUUUUGAAGACAAUGAUGAUGACAGCAUUAAGAGCAGUGAUUCCGACGAUUAUGAUGACCGAGAAGUGGCGGCGGCGGUGGAUGAUGAUGAUGAUGUUGCUGGAACUGAAUUGGGGGCGGAGGAGACUGCGGCGGAGAAGCGGAAGAGAGUAGCGGAGGCGUAUUUGGAGAAGAUGAGAGCGGCGGCGAGGAGAGAAGAGGAGGAAGGUGAAGAGUAUGAGGUGGAUGAAAGAGGUGGUGGAGAGGGGGGAGAAAGGGAUUCUCUGGUUGCACGGAUGUUGCAGGCACAACAACUUGAAGAUAGUGGUCGUGUUCGUAAAUUGAUUGCUUCAAGGGUUCAAAAUCCAAAAACAAUGGACGGAUUUGAUGUUUUAGUGAAACACCGACAGUCUGUAACUGCCGUGGUUUUAUCAGAAGAUGAUUCUAAAGGAUUUUCUGCUUCUAAGGAUGGCUAUAUCGUCCAGUGGGAUGUGAAUAGUGGGAAGACCGAAGCAUACGCUUGGCCUAGUGAGGAUGUAUUGAAGUCUCAUGGUGCCAAAGAUCCACAAGGUCGAGCUAAAAAGCGUAGUAAGCACGUUUUAGCGCUGGCUGUAAGCUCUGAUGGUCGGUAUUUGGCAAGUGGAGGCUUUGAUCGACAUAUUCAUCUAUGGGAUACACGUACACGGGAACAUAUUCAGGCUUUUCCAGGCCAUAAAGGACCUGUGUCAUGCUUGACAUUUAGGCAAGGGACUUCGGAAUUAUUUUCUGGUUCAUAUGAUCGAACCAUCAAGAUAUGGAAUGCAGAAGACAGAACUUACAUAACGACAUUGUUUGGUCAUCAAAGUGAUGUUUUAACUAUCGAUUGCUUAAGAAAAGAACGGGUGCUAACUGUUGGUCGUGACCGAACCAUGCACUUAUGGAAGGUUCCCGAGGAGUCACAAUUAGUCUUUCGUGCUCCUGCAUCAUUAUUGGAGUGCUGCUGUUUUAUUAGUAAUGAUGAAUUUUUAUCGGGCUCAGAUGACGGUAGUAUUGAGCAUUGGAGUGUAAUGCGAAAGAAGCCCCUUCAUAUUGUAAAAAAUGCACACCCUACAUUGACCCCAAAUAAGCUUGAUGGAGUACAAAAUGGUGAUUUAUCAAAUGGUAGCGAAGAUAAUUUGCAUCCUGUUCCCGAAAAGUUGUGCUCGUCUGCACAUUCCUGGGUUAGUUCUGUUGCUGUAUGUAGAGGCACUGAUCUUGCAGCAUCAGGAGCCGGUAAUGGUGUCGUUCGUCUGUGGGAAAUCGAAAGUGAUGCCAAAGGCAUUCGCCCACUUUUUGAGCUGCCAUUAGUCGGGUACGUGAAUUCUUUGGCGUUUGCCAAGUCGGGGAAAUUUUUGGUUGCUGGCGUUGGCAAGGAACCCCGAUUGGGUCGAUGGGGGUGCGUUCCUGCUGCUCGUCAUGGUGUGGCUUUGCACCGUUUCCAGCUCUCAUGAUUCAAUCGUUGUACUAGUUCCGCCCAGUUGAAUCAGACUGACCCGAGAUCAUAUAACAGGAGUGGUGGUGGACAUGAAGAUGAAACGGCCAAAAACAACACUUCUUUUGGGGUUGUUGCAUCGCCCGAGUGAACACACGUUUGUCUCUGACUCGACUGGGAACAAAUUCGGCUUGGUUACAUUUUUUUUUGUUGUGCUCUAUUUGUUAAAUUAAUUUUGGUUACAGUUUUGUUCAACAUCAACUUAGGUGGAUUCUAUAUUCCCAAAAGAUAUUACCAUUUGCAUUAGGGAUCCACCUUUGAAACAAAUUUAGAUUGCUUGAAGCCUUCAAAAUAGAGAAUUCAUAAUUCUACUUG